AGACAGACAGACGGAUAGACAGACAGACAGACAGAUAGAUAUAGAUGCGCGCCCUCCGCGCCUGGAGACUUUAAAUCUCCCUGAGGGCCAAACCUCGUGAGGGGCUCGGUGUGCGGUACGGCGGGUUUGUGCCAUCCCGGGAGCUCUCACCGAGCUGCAGGAGCGCGGUGCCUGGGAGCUGGUUUUCCCAUGUAAAGAGCUUAAAUGGCUUGUUAAAGUCGGGUAGGAAGGUUUCAAGAAAACCUGUAGAAGUAACAAUUAUUAUUUAUUUCUCCCAUAGGUGUGUAGAUAAACGCUCAAAAGAGCUUUUCUAAAGAGCUGUGCAGCUUCAGGUUUGUCACUGAGUAAAACGAGGGGUCUUGGGCGUUGUGCACAGGGAAGUGGCUUCCUUUUAAAAGUAAUGCAUCAGUAGAAGUCAAAUAUCUUAAUUUCACCACCGAAAUACUACUAAAGGUGGCCAUGCGUUUGUAUUUCUUUAGUAAAAAUUAAUGCAAGCAUUACGAUGUUCAGCUGAAUGUGGUUAUUUUUAGAACUUUGAGGAUUUGUUAGAAACGUACGAAAAAUGUGGUAAAUCCCUUGAGUCAGAGGCUCAGUUUUGAGAAAAAUGAGGACUGAUUAUAAAAAAUAAAUAAUCCUCUUCAGAAGCAAAAAUUCUACCCAUUAAAAGUCUGAUGUGCCCUAGAUGAAGAAAAAGUUUAAUCUCUGAGCUCAUCAUCCUGAAGGACUAGAUCUUCUGAGAUUUAAGCUUAAAAUGUGGAUUUUUACCUGUGUUUUGCACCAUACUCAGUGGUUGAAUUUGUGGUGGCAGCAGUUUUCCAGGGCUGCGUGCCUUGUGCUGCUCCUGUUCCCCAGACAGACUCUGAAUUCCGAGUUCCUUAACGUGGUGAGGGGGUGGCCUCGGUGCUGUCACUGAACUGCGAUUUCUUUAGACACUGUGGUUAAUGGGACUGGUAUUUCAGCCGUGUAAGGCAGGUCCGUAAACAUUAAUUUCCAAGUGUUAGAAAUUUAAAGCUUAAUUAUCAAGAUGCCUGCUUUAUCCGAGAAUAUUUCCAAGCUUGGUUAUUUGGAAGGUUUUUUAUUUCUCAGGAACUCAGUCUCUGCUGCAUUUGUGUUUGGUUACUGCUGUUUCUCCUAGAAGCCUGAUUUUAUGGUGUUUUAUUAAUUCUUGUUGGGUCCUGGUGUUGAGAACUGGAAGGGAAAUCUAGAAAUCAGAGGAAGCAGUUACUUCUUUGUGGCUUGAAUCUGUGAUAUGUUUGGUUAUAGAAAUAAAACCUUUUUUUGAACUGACAUUGUAGCCUUGGAAGUAGUGAACAGCUGCUUGCUUAACGGAGUCACUGCUGACCACUUUUCAAAUUCCCCACCAAGCCCCCAUGCCAUGGGAGAGGUUUUAAUGUCUUAAUUUUAGCAGAAACUCACAGCUCUUUUGUCUGGGAGGGGAAAGCAGACAGAUGCAUGUGAGUGGCCCAUGGCUGCAGCUGCCUCAGUUCAUUCAUUUAUUGCCUAUUGUAACUUGGAAGCAUUCUUUAGGUCGGUUCAUCUUCUGGGACCCGUCCCUGCCUUCUGGUUAAGGAAUCCAUGCACACACACAGGAUGAUUCAACAGUGGGAUGGAUGUUCAGAUACCAGAAAGGUGCUGGUAACUUGACAGGAACCUCCACAUUCUUUGGAGAGACCUAUUGUACGUGAGACCUUUGAGGACCCUGUGCAGUUUGAAUACGUCGGAUUGUUACAUUCUGAAACUCUCAUGAUGAAGAGAGCUGGGCAGAAGGUUGUGGCUGGAACUGAAGCUCCUGGAACAUCACAGACAAGCAAAAAACAGAAAACUAGUUUACAUGGCUCAGGGUUUGGGGAAUCUGACCCGUGCACCUCGAUGGACUGGGGCAGCCUUCCACACCACGUGAUUCUGCGUGUUUUUCAGUUCCUGACUUUAGUGGAUCGAGCCAGGGCAUCUUCUGUUUGUCGAAGGUGGAAUGAAGUUUUUCACAUCCCAGAUCUCUGGAGGAGAUUUGAAUUUGAACUUAGCCAGCCAGCCACUUCUUACUUAAAGUCUACACAUCCAGAUCUCAUUCAGCAGAUUAUCAAGAGGCACGCUGACCAUCUGCAGUACGUCAGCUUCAAGGUUGAUAGUAGUACUGAGUCAGCAGAAGCAGCCUGUGACAUCCUUUCUCAGUUGGUGAACUGUUCUAUCAAGACCCUAGGUUUGAUCUCUACAGCAAAGCCAAGCUUCAUGAAUGUCUCUAAGGCUAAUUUUGCAUCAGCACUGACAGUAGUUUUUGUAAACUCCAAGUCAUUAUCAUCAAUCAAGAUAGAUGACACACCACUUGAUGAUCCUUCCUUGAAGGUUCUUGUUGCUAACAACAGUGAUACUCUAAAACUGCUAAAAAUGAGCAGCUGUCCUCAUGUUUCACCUGCUGGCAUUCUUUGUGUGGCUGAUCAGUGUCAUGGACUUAAGGAGCUGGCUUUGAACUACUACAUAUUAAGUGAUGAACUGCUGCUGGCUCUUUCAAGUGAAAAACAUGUUGAUCUCGAGCACCUUCGCAUCGAUGUCGUGAGUGAAAAUCCCGGACAAGUUCAAUUUCACACCAUUAAAAAGCAAAGCUGGGAUGCUCUUGUUAGACACUCCCCUAAAGUCAACAUUGUGAUGUAUUUCUUCUUGUACGAAGAUGAAUUUGAUGCUUUCUUCAGAGAGGAAACACCUGUUACACACCUGUACUUCGGUCGUGCAGUGAGCAAGGCAAUGUUGGGUCGCAUUGGCAUGAACUGCCCCCGGCUGAUCGAGCUGGUUGUGUGCGCCAAUGGACUUCAACCUUUGGAUGAUGAACUCAUCCAGAUUGCUGAGCGCUGUAAGAACUUAACGGCCAUGGGACUGGGGGAAUGUGAAGUCACCUGCAGAGGUUUUAUUGAAUUUGUAAAGAUGUGUGGGGGCAGGCUUACUCAGCUUUCCAUAAUGGAGGAGGUGCUGAUUCCAGAUAGUGAUUACAGCUUAGAUCGGCUUCAUCUGGAAGUCUCCAAACACCUUGGAAGAAUGUGGUUUCCUGAUAUGAUGCCAACAUGGUAAAUUCCCUGUGUUUGUGGAUAAAAUGGUAGAAUCGGGCUGUCGCUUUCUAUGCAAAUAAAAAAUUUAAGAAUUAAAUGUGAAAAGUUUCUUCCAGAUUUGAGUUUUUCUUCCUUGAAAAAGCCUCUAGCAGACUAGUAGCAAAACACUCUACAAUAUUAAUUGUAUAUUGAAAUAGAAAAUAGAUAUAAUUGUACUUAGCAGUUCUGAAAGUUAUGUCUGUGGUUUACAGGUGCUUCAAACUUCAGUGAAUUUGGGCUUCUCUGAACUUCAGUUUAAAGGUUCCAUUUACUUUAAAGUGGGCUUCUUUGGGGUUUUUUAUGUCUUUGUUUAGUCUUUCUGAUCUAGUCAGAAGUGGAAUAGAGAAACAAUUUUCCUUUAGGAAAUCUCUCUGUGGAAAGCUGGAUAGAACUUUGAGUACACUAUUAUUUGUCUUGAUAUUUUAUAUAGCUAUUUUUUUUAAUUAUUCAUGUUUUAAAUUUAAAAGCUUGUAUAUUAAAAUAUGCUAGCCUGGGCUAGUCAGAUACAAUCUAUCUUAAAUUCAUGGCAGUAUAAUAAAACGUUAAUAAGCUUAUGCUUACAAAAAACUUUACAGUUUUAAAUUGCACUUUAAUUUUGUCAGAUUACAGAAACUACAGAAUGCAUUGUACAGUAUGUUGUUUUUGUUUUAUGCAUUAAAAGGAUGGGAAAGAGAUUUUGUUAAACUUGCUGAUUCUUAAAAGUUUGGUUCUAGAUUGAUUGCUUGAGUGAGUAAUAAAGCACUUUGGAAACUGUCAGGACAAUAAGGAAUAGCUUUGGAUUUAACCCAAAUCCAAGUCUUCGUUAUCAAAGACUGAUGUCUAAAUGCUGUUCCAUGCUUUCAUUACUAAGAAAUAAGAAGGAUUUCAUACAUGUGGCUAGUAAGAAGAGAAGGAAAGAUCAAAUGAAUACAGUUGUCUUUGAUCCAUUUCUAUUUGGAAUCAAGGAUUUAGAGCACUUACAUUUGUUGCUUAGAGGCCAAAAUGGACUGUAGUAAUCUUAUCUGUAUCUUACAGAGCUUUGUGUAAGCACUGAUUUCUAGAGAAAGGCUUGCUGGAGGUAAUCCUGAAAUAUUUAAUUCAGGACUGUUUAAUACUUGUUGCUAUUACCUGUUUUUUGAGAAAGAUUGUAUUAUAUUUAUUUUCUUAAAAGGGGAAGGGCAUGGUGAGUUGAUGUAAAUUAGAGUAUGUAUUUUUGUGUUGACAUUUUGCACACUGUAAACUCAAAUGCAUUGUAUAUAAAUUUUACUGUAAUGAUUUUGGUGCCACACUUGUUCUAUCUUUCUCUUGAUAAUGAGAAGUCUACAAGAAUUUGCUGGUGGUGUUUGUCACUGUCGUGGUUUAACCCUGGCUGGCAGGUGAGCCCCUCACAGCCAGAGAGAUGGGAGACAGAAUCAGAGGGUAAAAGUGAAAAAAGUCAUGGCUCGAGAUAAAGAGCUUAAUAGUAAAGCAAGAGCCACACAUGCAGGCAACCCCAAAAAAGGGAAUUCAUUCACCACUUCCAUCAGCCAUCUCCAGGAAAGCAGGGCUCCAUCACACAUAAACAUCCCCGUUGCUCCUUCUUCGCCCAGCUUUAUAUGCUGAGCGUGAUACCACACACUAUGGAAUGUCCUGUGGGUCAGCUGGACUCAGCUGUCCUGUCCGUGUCACCUCCCAGAUUGUGCACCCUCAGCCUCCUCCCUGCUGGGGCAGUACAAGAAACAGAGCCGGCGGGGACUCUGUGUAGGCAAUGCUCAGCUACAGAAAAACAUCCCUGUGUCAUCAGUGCUGCUUCCAGUACAAAUCCACAGCUCGAUUCUAGGUCCUAUGAAGCAAAUGAGCUAUCCCAGCCAAAACCAGUGCAUUCACAGCAGAGAAAAUGUUUCUUCCCCACUUCCACAGAACACCAGCUAAAGGGUCAAGCCACCCUUUGCUUGGACACACUCACGGAUUUAAGGUAACGCCCACACCUGAGUCAGUAAUGGUUUGUUGCCUGUUGCACAGUUAAGAAGCAUCUGACUGUGGUUAGUAGAGCCUGUGAUCUGAACACUUCCAUAAUCCAGGGGAUUAUAAUUUAAACACAAAACUGAAAUAUUUCCAAACAGUAUUUGGUUUAAGAUGUGUGGCUUGCUUUAAAUGGAAAUGUAAUAAAGGGCUUUAAUCUAUGCACUGA